AUGAUUUCCAAGAUCGUCAUAGCCCUACAUGUCGUCUUGACACUAGUCGUACUCGCAGUAACCGUCAGGACUCUGCAGAAUGAAGCGAACGAGAAGGAGGGAAUAGUACAGAUUCAGGUUCCUGACUUGGUCGGAUCCAUCGCCACAGCGGUGCAAAGUGCCGCAGCCGGUGUGGUCACUGCCGCGAUCGCAUCAGGCGAAUCCUUGGUCGCCGCCAGUCUACCGUCUAGCAUAUCAGUGGGCACCAAAUACGCGUGCGUGGCUUCAGAAUGCGCAGCGAUUCCAGGCCACGCCUUUCGCCUGAUACAUGACCUGGCCGCGUUUGUCCCUUCGUCCGAGGAGAUCGAACAGCUGCAGAAGCUGGUAGAGAAAUGCCCCAACCUGGAGACCGUUGUGUUCGCCGGGCUCGGCUUAGUUUUGGUGUCGACUACACUGCUGCUUGCUGGUCUCAAGUUCAGGCUGCUUCGCUUCGUAUCGCUGGGGCUGGACGUUGUCGCCGUCGUCCUCUUCGCGGUAGUGACGGCCUAUACGGUCUCUCUCUACAAGACAUCUCAGACUGUGGCAGGCCUGCUUGGAGUUGAAGCGAGCAAAGGGGACAUUUAUGGAGCAUCUAUCGCAGAUUUGUCACUGUGUCUGAUUAUGACUACGCUCGCUCUCGCGCAGACUUAUAUAAUCCCAGUGCCUCGGAAGAUAUCGUUUCAACCAUCGUCCCGCGGCAAUUCUCUACACGUCAUCUCAUCGUUCACAGCCCAUUCUCAGGCGUCAGUACGCCUGUAUAUGAUCAGCAUGAGCGUCCGUGGUGUUGUGUCCCUGAAUAUCACGAUCGUCUUCGUGUCCGGACUGACGGGGCUGGCGGGCAGACCACUUCAUGAUAUCAGGCAGCUCAUGCGUCUCGACACGGACUCUUGUCAGUCGGACGUACCGGAUGAUCCUCCUCUGGUGGUCAGCCAGCAGACGUUAGAGGAGACGCUUGCGCGCCUCGGGAUCUCUCCCGAAAAGGUGCGAUCUAAAAGUCGGACGAGAGGCGAGCUUACGGCUCUCGUCGGCUGCGAUGCCGCAGGGUCGACCAUGGAAAAUCCCCGCGAUGGCAACCGCGUUCCCGAUCCGGUGUCCCCGAAGACCACGAUAGCCGGACUGCGACUUGUCAUCGACCGCAUCAACUCGAGCAUCCAGAGACUUGAUCACCAGCUCCGUGUUCUGAGCGACGCACAAGAGCGAUUGCGAAAGCUGACGUUGUUGACGACAGAGGAGGUGGAUUGGGAUGAUCCCGUCACGCAAAUUCGGUCGGAGGAAGCGCUCUUCGACUGUGAAUCGGAGGUAGGGGAGACGUAG